AUGACCGACGACUAUUCUAAAAAAUCUGAAUCUGUCGGGGUGAUGGAGGUCGAACACGGCCAGCCAUUAACGACGAUCAUCUCCCCAAGAGGAAAGAUUGUCCAGAUCACUGACGAUGUUGACCAGGCUAUGGAUCUGGCCCAGGAGGCUGACCACCAAGUGUUCUCUGAGCAAGAAGACAGAAAAUUGCUGUUCAAGCUUGACUGUAUCGUCCUUCCUCUUUUCUCGUUUCUGUACAUGAUCCAGUUCAUGGACAAGACGUCGAUCGGAUUUGCAGCAGUCAUGGGAAUCCAGACCGAUUACGGUAUGGAGGGACAGAUGUACUCGUGGACCAAUUCUUGCUUCUAUCUUGGUUACCUGUGUGCGGCACCGUUUUCUGCGAUCAUUUUACAGAAACUGCCAAUCAUCAAGGCAGUUAGCACGUUCAUUGUCAUCUGGGGAACUAUACAAUGUUUGCAUGUUAGUGCAAAGUCAUAUGCUACGUUUGUUCUUCUUAGAACACUGCUGGGAAUGCUUGAGUCUUUUGUUUCUCCUAUUUUCGUCGUUAUACUCAACCAGUACUACAGACACACCGAACAUUUUGGGCGGACCGCGAUUUUCUACGGAUUCAACGGUCUCGGCACUGUCGUUCUCUCGGGCAUUUCCUACGGCCUUUUUGAGAGAUCAGGAGAGUACACCAUGAAGGCGUACAAGGUUCUGUUUAUGAUUAUUGGCAUUGCCACCAUUGUGAACGGACUGCUGAUCAUGCUGAUCAUGCCGGACACUCCAGCACAGGCUAGAUUCUUGACUCACAAAGAAAAGCUCAACGUGGUGGAAAGAAUUAGAGGAAACAACCAGGGAUUCGGAAACAGGCAUUUCAAGAAAUACCAGCUGAUCGAAUGUAUCACGGACGUGAGAACCUGGAUCUACUUCGCCAUUGGAAUUCUGGUAGCCAUCCCCAACGGGGGUAUCAGUGGAUUCGGAACCAUCCUGCUCAAGUCCAUGGGAUAUUCUUCCAUCAAGUCCUUACUGGUUAAGGCUCCUCUGGGAGGUGUGGAGUGCGUGGGUCUCAUUGCGUUGAGAUACCUCUCCAUAUUCAUCAAGAAAAGAAUGAUUUUGGGUGUUUCGUACAUGGUGCUGGUCGUGAUUGCGUCCUGUCUGCUUGCCUUCGGCGUCCAGGAAAAAGCACAGCUUGCAGGCUAUUAUCUGCUUGGAGUGGCUCCUGUUGGUAUCAUUUUGGUCACGUCAUGUGUCACCUCCAACACAGCUGGACACACCAAAAAGCUCGUUGCAAACGCCAUCUCGCUUGUUGGCUACUCUUGCGGAAAUAUCAUUGGGCCUCAAACCUUCCAGUCUUCAGACGCACCAAACUACCCAAAGGCCAAAGCAACGGUCGUCGGAUGCUACUGCGGAGCCAUCGUGCUGAUGAUUGUUCUCACGGUGCUAAAUGUCAUGGAGAAUCGUCGCAGAGAUAAGCAAAGAGAACAGCUGGGCGACAAGUACAAGCCGGUCGAGAACAUGGAGUUUGCAGAUUUGACAGACGGCCAGAACCCAGAGUUCCGUUAUCGUAUAUAA